AUGCUCCCCGAGCUCAAGGAGCUCGAGGAAAGAGGGAUAUUCUCGCAGCCAGAAGCUCGGGCCAUACUAAAGCAAAGGACUGCCUUUGAAUCAGCGCUAAUUAGGCGUGUAGCUCUCAAGUCGGAUUAUAUCAAGUAUGUUCAGUAUGAAAUCACUCUGGAAGCUCUUAGGAAGAAGCGUGCUGCUCGACUCAACAAUACCGAUAAUAAGUCUUCGCUCGCCGAUUAUUGCAUUGUCAGACGCCAGUUCUUCAUUCUCGAGCGAGCAGUUCGCAAGUUCAAGAAUGAUGUAUCGCUUUGGGUACAGUAUAUAGAACUCGCCAGGUCCAAUAAUGCUCGAUCACUUGUUGGAAAACUUUGCUCGCGGGCUCUUUCGUUACACCCUACCUCUCCUUCUCUAUAUAUUAUCGCCGCAUCUCAUGAGCUCGACUCAUCCCUAUCCCCAACCGGUGCCCGUGCGCUCCUUCAACGAGGCCUACGGAUAAAUCCCGAAUCUAUUGAACUUUGGACAGAAUAUAUACGCAUGGAGCUUGGGUACUGUGAGGGACUUCGACGCCGUUGGAAAACACUUGGAAUCGAUCCUAAAACACAGAAUGAGGAAGGGCAAGCAAUUGAUGCAAUUAUUUCGGGAGCGAUUGUCAAGGCGGCUAUAUCGUCUGCGACAGAGUCCCUGCCUACACUGGCACUUCUAGGUUCUCUACAGGCCUUGCUUCUCACAUAUCCCACCGAACUCCGUACCAAGUUGAUUGAGCACCUUCAUUCUGAAUUUGCAACUCAAAACACUGGAUCGGGGCCUUCUGGAGAAGACUUUCGGUGCGGUGCCGUAUUCCUUCGUGCGAUCGUUGAUAUCCCAGCGAGGUCGCUCGAAGAUGGGGCCCAGCUUCCUACUGUUCUACCUCUCCGACCACUUGUAGCUGCUGCUUUCCCUAAAAAGGCGACACCCUUUUGCCAAGAAGAACAAACCGGUGAAUUCGUGAAGCGUAUGCAGAAGGCCAGUGAGGUGUUAUCAUCAACCGGCAGGACGGAUUUGCGUGUUGCUGAGUUGUAUGCGCGAUGGGUAGCUGCUUGGGUAGCGGUUGUAACAGAGGAUAACUUGCGAUCUUUCGACAUAUUCUCCCCCAAGCAUUAUUCCGAAGCCAAUCCAAAAUUAUGGGAAGAGGCCCGGGACAGGGCUAAGGAACACCCAGGAGAGGAGGAUCUCUUGGUCAAACUCUGGCUUUGGGGAGUUAAUCACUUACCCAAGGACCCGGCAUCUCCACUACGAGCGGAGACUUGGGCUAUCAUACUUCGAGGAACCCUAUCGCAUAGAUCACUCAAUCUUCAUUCAAAACUACUCGUACACCGGUUGUACGACUCAGAGAAUCAGUCCUCAAGCGACCGGAUCACAUUAGCCAAGAAACUGAUUUCCCAGUACCGUCCUUCUGUCCUGUUCUUCGACUUGGCGAUGGAACAAGAGUUCCAAAAAAUUUCGGCCUCGCCAAGCCAGGAAUCGGGAGGUCGGGAGCGCCCAGCCAAGAGGAGUAAACGAUCUGGGUGCGAAGCUUCAGCCGAUUCUACUACUCAGGCCGACAUUGCAUGUCUUACAGCACUCUACACGGCGUGGCGCAUUAUCCCUGAGCAGAGCAUCCCUGCAGCACUCAAGUACGCAAGGGUGCUCUAUCAGUUGGGCGAAGAGAAAUGUGCAGAGGAUUCAAUUGCGGCUGUGGGUGGAUCGAAAGGAGGAUUAAGACAAGAGUGGGACAAGGUCAGGAAUGAACUGGAGUGUCUUGUGAUCGGUGCGGGUAAAAUGGAAGGGACUGAACAACCCGACAAGGAUAUCGCACUGGAUGAUGUAGAGUUCAAUUAG